AUGAAGAAAACAACGUUUGUGAGGAAGGGAGCUUCCCUGCAGAAACAACUCCCAUUUGGAACAAAGCCUUCGGUACACAAUGGACAAUUGUUGGUAUCAUCGGGUCUUCACGAUUUGGAUGGAAUUAUUGGAGGAGGGUUUCCGUUGGGAAGCUUGGUCUUGAUUGAAGAGGAUCGUUUUAGUGAAUAUUGCCAACAUUUGAUGAGGUAUUUUCUGUCGGAAGGAAUGACGAAUCGUCAUUCGGUGGUGUGUGGAUUGUUUAAUCAGAUGCAAUAUUCUGGAGUUAAUAUUAGUGCAUCGUUAUCAUCGAACAAUGGUUCAACUGCAAAUGAUGCCUUGUCCGGCCUUCAUCCAUCACUCUCAUCGUAUUUUGCUUUUAAUUAUUCUCGAUACAAGGCAGAGAUGGAAGAAAAGGAAUCUUUGAACAAUUCUUCGAAUACUACUCCUGUAGUUACAACGAAUGCUACCUCUUCUGUGGUUUCAUCUAUACCGUCGUCAACAAACCCAACAUCAAGCGAAACCUCACAAAAUUCCGAGACAAAAGCAACCAGCACAACCUCGAAUCAAUCGCCAGGAAACAGUAUUAUGGAUCGUUUGAAUAGAAAAAUUGGAGCAGGCUCUUCUUCCAGUACUUCCACCACCACAACCUCGCACACACAACCUACAUCUUCCGUCGAUUCUACCAAUAGCGAGCUCAAAAUUGCAUGGAGGUAUCAAGACUUUGUAGAACAACAAGUGAAAUUGAAGCAACAACGAUCUUCAUCGGGUUCAGCAGCAUCUGGAGAAAAAAGUGGAGUAAUUGGUACUGUAAUGUGUAGUGAGUAUGAUUUGAGCAAGACCAUGCAACCUGAAAUUAUCAAAGCAAACUUAGAUGGUCUUCAUGUGCUGUUUGAUAAGGACGAAAUUUUCGAUGACUCUAUUGGCACGUUUUAUGAUGGAUUAUUGAGAAAAAUCGCUAAAAUUAUUUCAGAAAGUAAGACACAUUACACACAUACGGCCAAUACAACGAGUAAUGAAAUUUCGAGUCGAGCUGUAGUUCGAAUUGGCCUUCAAUCACUAGGCUCUCUAUUCUACGGUGGUGACAUCAAGUCUGCGUCACCUCACAGUCAGUUCCGAUACAUGCUACGCUUUUUGUCGCAACUUAAAGCUCUUCUUCGUUCCAGCCUUUCCGUUUGUGUGUGCACCGUUCCCAAAGCCUCCAUUAAUGCCGUUUCACCUUCUCUUCUCAAUGAACUUGAACAGUUGUCAGAUUUGUCUCUUUCCAUUGAUAGUUUUACAGGAGCUGGUUUGGACGUGAGCGAUUGGGAAUUUAAAGAAUACAGCGGACUCUUUUAUAUUAAGAAAUUAUUCAAGAUGAAUUCUCUGACAUAUAAUUUCACUCCAGACACUCUCAAUUAUGCAUUCAAGCUCAAGAAACGAAAAAUGUAUAUUGAGAAAUUGCAUUUACCACCUGAAGAGACACGAGAAGCUUCAAAUCCUGAUCGACCCAAAUUCAAAGCAUCCAAUGACGUUGAAAGGCACAAAUUGCAAGUGGAACGAGUUCUCAAAUCCAUUCCAUCCAUUAAUCCUGCCAAUAGCUCUUCUAAUCUUGCAACAUCAUCGGAUGAUCAUGUUUUUGGGUGCGCCUCUCAGUCUAGUAUCUCUGGCAGCAAUCAUCUUGACUUUUGA